AUGAACUCCUGCCUGCUGGUCCUGAUCCUGGUCCUGGUCCCGGCUCAGACCCGGUUCCCGUUCCUGGACCGUCUCGGCCCCGGCCCGGGCCCCGGGAGCAGCGACCCGGCCCAGGCCCGCGCCGUGGCGGCUCUGCUGCGGCGGCUGCUCGGGUCUCGCUCCGGGGACUUCGUGGUGUCGGUGAACCGGAGCCUGGCGGGGGGGACGAGCCCCGGCACCGGGCCCGCGGGGCCGCGCACCGACGUGUGCGAGCUGCGCUCGCUGCGCGACGGGCGCGUGGCCGCGGCGGGCACGAGCGGCGUGGCCGCGGCCGCGGGCGUGCACAAUUACCUUAAGUAUUUCUGCAGGUGUCACGUGUCCUGGACCGGAAACCAGCUGACGCUGCCCGACCCGCUGCCCCGGAUCAGGGGCGUUCUGCGCAUCAGCACCGCGCACAGGUUCCGGUACUACCAGAACGUCUGCUCCUCCUCCUACUCCUCCGUCUGGUGGGACUGGACUCGGUGGCAGCAGGAGAUCGACUGGAUGGCCCUGAACGGAAUCAACCUGCCGUUGGCCUUUACGGGCCAGGAGGUGGUGUGGCAGGAGGUGUACCGGUCUCUGGGCCUGAAUCAGUCUGAGAUCGAGGAAUUCUUCUCCGGCCCGGCGUUCCUGGCCUGGAACCGCAUGGGGAACAUGAACCGGUUCGGUGGACCGUUACCGCAGUCCUGGCACGUCAACCAGCUGGCCCUGCAGAUGAAGAUCCUGUCCCGGAUGAGAGCCUUCGGCAUGAUCCCGGUCCUCCCGGCCUUCUCCGGGAACGUUCCCCCAGGAAUCCUCCGGCUUUUCCCCGGGGCCAACGUGACCCGGCUCGGCCCCUGGUCUCACUUCAACUGCAGCUUCUCGUGCUCGUACGUGCUGGACCCGCGGGACCCGCUGUUCUUCCGGAUCGGGUCUCUGUUCCUGUCUCAGCUGGUGAAGACGUUCGGAACCGACCACGUCUACAACACCGACACCUUCAACGAGAUGACCCCGCCCUACUCCGACCCUGCCUACCUGUCGGCCGUCAGCCGGAGCGUCUUCGCCUCCAUGACGGCCGUGGACCCCGACGCCGUCUGGCUGAUGCAGGGCUGGUUGUUCUUCAGCAACUCCUCCUUCUGGAAACCGGCCCAGAUCCGAUCGCUGCUGCGCGGCGUUCCGAUCGGUCGAUUGAUCGUGCUGGAUCUGUUCGCCGAGACGGAGCCGCUCUACUCGUCCACCCAGUCCUUCUACGGCCAGCCCUUCGUCUGGUGCAUGCUGCACAACUUCGGAGGAAACAGCGGCCUGUUCGGCACGGUGGAGGCCGUCAACGCCGGCCCCUUCCAGGCGCUGCGUUUCCCCAACUCCACCCUGGUGGGCGUGGGCAUGGCGCCCGAGGGAAUCGAGCAGAACCCGGUCGUGUACGAGCUGAUGAGCGAGCUAGCGUGGCGCCGCGAGCCGGUGGACCUGGCCAAGUGGGCGUCGCUGUACGCCGCGCGGCGCUACGGCACCGGCGGCGGCGGUAGCGCGGCAGGGAACCUGACGGCGGCGGCGUGGCGCCUGCUGUUCGCCGGCGUCUACAACUGCACCGUUCCGCACUACAAGAACCACAACCACAGCCCGCUGGUGCGCCGGCCCAACCUGCACAUGAACACGGAGCUCUGGUACGACCCGGCACCGCUCUACGAGGCCUGGAGGCUCAUGGUGGCGGCGGCGCCGGACCUGGUGCAGCAGGAGACGUUCCGCUACGACCUGGUGGACGUCACCCGGCAGGCGCUGCAGGUGCUGAUGUCGUCCUUCUACCGCGACGUCGUGGACGCGUUCCGGAGCAAACGGAUGCCGGAGCUGCUGACGGCGGGCGGGGUUCUGGUGUACGACCUGCUGCCGGAGCUGAACCGGUUACUCAACACCAACCGCCACUUCCUGCUGGGGGCGUGGCUCGGGCGGGCGCGCUCGCUGGCGCUGGACGAGAAGGAGGCGGCGCUCUAUGACAUGAACGGCCGGAACCAGCUGACCCUGUGGGGGCCCGGCGGGGAGAUCCUGGACUACGCCAACAAGCAGUGGGGGGGUCUGGUGGAGGACUACUACGCCCAGCGCUGGAGCCUCUUCCUGCAAACGCUGGUGGAGUGUCUGGACGCCGGGCGGCCCUUCAGGCAGGACGCCUUCGACCGGGCGGCGUUCCGGGUGGAGAAGGGCUUCGUGUACAACGGCCGGACGUACCCGUCCCAACCCCAGGGCGACGUCCUGGAGAUCGCCCAGCGGAUCUUCCUCAAGUACUUCCCCCAGGCGCUCAAGAGGCUAUGACCGCCGGCGCCGCCGCUGGACGGCUUGAGAUGGACCUACUAAGACUUAAGACUAAGACAGCUCAGAACUGGUUCAGCUAUAUCUUGUGAUUUAUAUUGUAAUUGUUACCCUCUAAUUAGUGAUGCACCGAUUGUUCGGUAACCGAAAUUGUUCGGACGAAAAUGGCAAAAAAACACUUUGGGUGUUCGGUGGAAUAAGUGGGGAAAAAAAACGAACAAUUAAUAACGGCGUUGUA